AUGCCACGUAGCGCUGCUGGUUCAUCCAAAAAAGCAAAUAAAGAUCCAAAUGCACCAAAACGACCUUUGUCCGCAUUCUUUCUUUUUUCACAAGAUGAACGUCCAGAUAUCAAGAAGAAAACUCCAUCGAUGUCGGUCGGUGACAUUUCGAAAGAAAUAGGUGCUCGUUGGAAAAAAGUUAGUGAUGACGUUAAAAAACGUUACGAACAAAAGGCUGCUGUCGAAAAACAAAAAUAUGAAGUACGUCUUUCGGAAUAUAAGAAGAGCAGCGGCAGCGGUUCACCAGCUAAAGCAAGCGCCAAAGGUUCAGCAAAAGCAGCUCCAUCAAAAAAAUCACCAAAGAAGCCCGUAGGAAAAAAAUCAGCUAAAUCAAAAUCCUCCGAAGAAGACAAUGAUGAUGAUGACGAUGAAGAUGAAGAUGAAGAUUAA